ACGAAACCCACCAACAUCACAGUGUUGAAGUGCUUCUGUACUGAGGAAUGGGCUAAACAUCCUACGAGCGGUUGUGCAGGACUGAUCAACAGUUAUUAGAAACACUUACUGCUGUUACUGCUGCAAAAGACUCCUGACCAAUCAGCGCGGUCGGUGAGUGAGGGGUGUGAUGUGAUUGGCCGGCUCAGAAGCCCGCACCACUCAGAGCUGCACUGUUCGCCGGAGUGAAGCGAGCUUUCCUGCGGACACCGGAGGCGUCUCUCCCCGCCCGUGCAUCAGCGCGUCUGAAGCCCCUGAGGCUGAUGCAAUAACUGCUCAGAUGAAUGAACGCGUUUAACGCCUCGCUGCCGCUCUGAGACUCUAGGUUCCGCGGCUGCAUACUAACCAGUGCUCAGCAUGACCACCGCGGCGCACACACAGGAGCUGUUCCGGCGCGCGGACGCCGUCUGCUUCGACGUGGACAGCACCGUGAUCCGCGAGGAGGGCAUCGACGAGCUCGCCAAGUUCUGCGGCGUCGGGGACGCGGUCACGGAGAUGACCCGGAAGGCCAUGGGCGGCUCGGUCUCAUUCCAGACAGCCCUGAGUGAGCGUCUGUCCAUCAUCAAGUGCUCGAGGGAGCAGGUCAACAAGCUGAUCACUGACCACCCGCCCCAGCUGACCCCAGGGGUCAAGGAGCUGGUGGAGAAGCUUCAUCAGCGCGGCGUCCAGGUGUUCCUCAUCUCCGGAGGCUUCCGCUGCAUCGUGGAGCACGUGGCCUCGCAGCUCAGCAUCCCUCUCCAUCACGUCUACGCUAACCGCCUCAAGUUCUUCUUCAACGGGGAGUACGCCGGCUUCGACGAGUCCCAGCCCACAGCUCAGUCCGGAGGGAAGGGGCGGGUCAUCAGCAUGCUGAAGGAGGAGUAUGGCUUCAGGAACGUGGUGAUGGUUGGAGACGGAGCCACGGAUCUGGAGGCCUGUCCUCCUGCGAGUGCUUUCAUAGGCUUCGGGGGGAAUGUGGUGCGUCCUCAGGUGAAGGAGAAGGCCUCGUGGUACGUCACCAGCUUCGGAGAGCUGCUCAAGGAGCUGGAGAAGAUCUAGAGAGCAGAGAUCUACAAUCAUGCACUAGCUUUGUGCCUUUCCUAGUUUUACCUAACGCACAAUUUUUAAUGAUCAGAUGUUUUUAGAGUUUAUUGAAAGGAUUGUUUCUAUAGAAGAUGAUGCGCACCAGCCGAGGUCCGGUGUACUGUACAGUUAGUGUUUUAACUGAUGAAACUGGACUAAUGUUUAACACUAUAUCAUGUGACUGUCUACUUCACUAAGUGUAUUUGAAGAGAGAAUAAACAGAAGUAACAGCU